AAUUUUCUUUUCAGUCAUUAUUUUGCAUUUCAUAAGAGAACAUUAACGUGAUACAGACCGAUUUGAAAAGCAUAAUAAAAAAUAUAACAAUGGAUUAUUCAACAUUUUUUUCAAAGAUCACUCUUAGAAGAAGGGGAAAUCUGAUACGGCAAAUAACUGAGACUUACUUAAACAGUAAUAAUCCAGAUGCAAUAAGUUUUGCUGGUGGAUUGCCAAAUACCGAGACUUAUCCUUAUAAAGAAUUAAACGUGAUCUACAAAGAUGGAACAUGUUCGAAACUCGAAGGUCAAGAAUUAGCAUCAGCACUUCAAUAUGGAUCUGCUAGAGGAUAUUUGCCUUUGAUGAAAAAGUUCCGAGAAUUUCAAUCCAAAUGGCAUAAUCCUAAAUGGAAAAAUUGGGACGUAAUAUUUACUUGUGGUUCGCAAGAUGCUUGUUCCAAAAUUUAUGAGAUGUUUAUUGAUGAAGGUGAUCCAAUUAUGGUUCAAUCACCAACAUAUACAGCUACUAUCAAUACACUAGCAUCCUUGAAUGUUGAUUUCAUAGAAAUUACCCAGGAUGCUGAUGGUAUCAUUCCUGGGCAAAUAAUUAAAGUAUGCGAAGAAAGAUUACGUGAUGGAAGGCCAUUACCGAAGUUAAUAUAUAUCAAUCCUAUUGGUGCAAAUCCAACGGGAACUGUAUUGUCCGAGAGCCGUAAGAAGCAAAUAUAUGAAUUGGCACAAAAAUACAAUUUCCUUAUUAUAGAGGACGACGCAUACUAUUUUAUAAAUUUUUUAAAUAAACAACCUACGUCUCUCUUUUCGUUGGAUACCGAGGGACGCGUAAUAAGGUUGGAUUCUAUUAGUAAAAUUAUCAGCGCAGGUAUGAGAUUAGGUUGCAUCACGGCUCAUACUGAAUUAUUGACUAAGUUAAUAAUGCACGUAGAAAAUAGCGUUUUACAAGCCAACUCAUUAUCACAGGUUCUUUUGUUCAAAUUAUUUGACUUGUGGGAAAAGGAUCGACUCGAUCAACAUUUCAAGAGUAUUCAAGAUUUUUAUCGAACAAGACGUAACAUUAUGCUAAAGGAAAUUGAAAAACACCUUACAGGAUUGGCUGAAUGGACAGAGCCUAAAGGUGGUUUCUUUAUAUGGCUGAAACUAAUCGGAAUUGAUGAUACAUCAAAAUUUAUAAUGGAAAAGUGUGUACCCAAUGGUAUUUUCAUAAUCCCUGGAAAUGUAUUUAAUUAUGACAUCAAUAAGCCGGAUCAACAUAUACGUUUAUGCUAUAGCUAUGGAACUCAAGAGGAGAUUGAAAGGGGACUCUCAAAGCUGGCAGAAUUGAUACGAAAAGCUUCUAAAUUAUCGAUUUAUAAAUGAUUUUAUAGUUAAUUUUAUCUAAUGUUUCUAAUUUCGUUUUAACUAUAAAUAAAUUAAUUACGAAAUGUA